AUGCGAGACAUAAUGCCAAUCUUAUUUCUGUUUAUAUUCUUGAACGUUGUGCCAUUAGGUGAUACUUUAGUUGACUGUGGCAUGGAGAAGUGUACUGUGAACUGCCGUGACCUGAGCCCGCCUAUUGAUAAAGUAAACAUCUACCCUAUCGGCUACUCCAAGUUAUUCAACCUAACGCGACCAAUUAACGGCGAUAACGAAGUUCUUCCUCUUCUGCCUGUUGACAAUAGGCUUUUAGGACCUCCUCUCAAUAGAAUAUAUCGGGCCCAUCAAGUCACGACCGCUGGAGACGUCGAUGAUCUGACCAACAUCGCGCCGCCUGGUCUACCCAACAUCAUCUAUCUCUCACCUAUGAGAGGUCCGCAGGGCACCUUCACGCCUAAGGACAGCGGUGCGAAUGUCUUCAAAGUCUCAAGAUUCUAA